AUGGAGAAAGUUGUGAUUGUAACCGGCGCAAAUAGUGGUAUUGGUCUAGCCUUGUGUGAAAGGCUUCUCACUGAGGACAUCCACCUCCGUUUAUGUCUAGCGUGCAGAAACAUGCAACGUGCCGAGGCUGCCCGCUCUGCCCUUUUGUUGUCACACUCCAAGGCCCAGGUGGACAUAGUGCAGCUUGACGUGGGUUCUGUGCAGUCGGUGUUUGCUGCUGCUCAAGAACUCAAGGCUAGGUACGAAAGAAUUGACUUUUUGUAUCUGAAUGCUGGAAUAAUGCCCAAUCCGCAAGUGGAUAUAAAAGCUUUUUUCAAGGGUUUGUUCUCAAGAAACGCCAUCAACAUGUUUGCAACAGCAGAGGGUCUUUUAACACAGCAGGACCGGAUUAACACUGAUGGUCUGCAGGAAGUUUUCGCCACAAACCUGUUUGGUCAUUUUCUUCUGGUCAGAGAGCUGGAGCCUCUGUUGUGUCAGGCGGGUCACACAUCACGUGUCGUGUGGACCUCUUCAAGCAACGCCCGGCGCACUGCCUUCAGUAUCGAGGAUAUCCAGCACAAAAAUGGGACGGAACCAUACAGCUCCUCCAAGUAUGCCUCUGACAUGCUCAGUGUGGCCCUCAACAGACAUAAGAACUGCCAGGGGCUUUUCUCCUCUGUGAUAUGUCCGGGCCUGGUCAUGACCAACCUCACUUUUGGUAUACUUCCCUCCUUUUUCUGGACUUUCAUCAUGCCAAUCAUGUGGCUGAUCAGAAUCUUCACAAACACGUUUACACUCACACCAUAUAAUGGAGCAGAGUCACUGCAUUGGCUGUUCCUUCAAACACCAGAGUCUCUGGACCCCAGGGCAAAAUAUCACAGCUUAACAUCAGGACUUGGGGCAAACUACACACAACCACGGCAAAUGGACAUUGAUGAUAAUAUGUGUGAGGCGCUUUAUGAAAAACUUCUUCAACUGGAGACACACAUCAGAAGAGGAGCUGCAGACCUAAAUAAACCUUAG